GAGGUGUACGCUUCGCUAGUUUCCUCAAACACUCAACUGACAUUGUGUGAUAAAAAGCUGGAAGUUAGCCGGUGGACGAGGGUUAUUUUGUCAUAAAAAACACACGCACCUAACACUCCUAUGGCGUUUUAAACAAACUGAGUUGUUGCUGUGUCUGAAACGUGCCUUAUUAGCGACUAAAACGGCGAAAUUCCUGCUUGUAAGCCCUCCAAAGGCUGUUUUUUUUAUUUUGCUGUGGCUGUCGAAAGGCGGGGAAUACAAAGCGACGUGUCGCCAAAUCUAUUACAUUUUGGACACCGUUACCGCAAAAACGGGAUUACUACAAAGUCGUUUCGUGCUGCUGUGGUUGGUCAGUGAUAGUCCAUGGAUUAUCUGUGUUUCCGGGCGCUGUGCUGUAAAGGACCCCCAGCGCCAAGACCAGAGUAUGAUGUGGUGUGCAUUGGCCUGACAGGUGCUGGAAAGACCAGCCUGCUCUCACGGCUCUGUAGUGAGGGCAGCGACGGCGUCAUUCCUACAACAGGUUUCAGCAUCAAAGCAGUGCCAUUUCCAAAUGCCAUCCUGAACGUAAAAGAACUUGGAGGAGCCAACAACAUUAAGAAAUAUUGGAGUCGUUACUACCAGGGGUCACAAGGUGUAAUCUUCGUGCUGGACAGUGCGUCAUCAGACGAGGACCUUGAAGCAGCACGUAAUGAGCUGCACUCGGCUCUGCAGCACCCCCAGCUCUGUAUACUUCCUUUCCUCAUCCUUGCUAAUCACCAGGACAAGCCUGCUGCAAGGACACCAAACCAGAUCAAGAAGUACUUUGAGCUGGAGCCGCUGGCCCGAGGGAAGCGCUGGAUCCUGGAGGGCAGCGCUAUCGACAACAUGGAGGCAGUGAAAGAAAGCUUCGGUCAGUUCAUUAGCCUGUUGGAGGACAAAGACACAGAGCCUGCAAGGAUAUGAUGCUAAUGCUAAGAAACAUUAGCGUCUAACGGCAAAGAAACGCCACAUCCUAUUGGUGCCCUUGUACACACACCCCUGCACAGACAAACAUGUACACUCAAGAAAGUAGAGCAGAUGCUGCCAUCACUCUUCAAGAUGUACGUAUAUUGUAUGUUAUCCUUCCUUCACUGUGGUCUUAUUUUUCACAAUAGAAGAGUGUACACAAGCGACAGUCAGCUGCUCCAGCCUGACAGAGGAGAGUCCACCCAACGAAAAGCAGUUUGUCCAGAAAAACAUCUUUGAACUUUGUGGUUAAACCAGUGACAUUUGGGAUGUCUGGCAUUUCUAUAGACAUCACUGGACUCAAACACACACACACGCAUACACUGUCACUCUUUGAUACACAAACACUACCACACACAAAGCGGAGUCCAGGUUGUCUGUAGAUAUGUUUAACAUUUCCACUAAUUGCUUUCCAGGAUGUUUCGGUGGGCACAGUUGAUAUUCUUUCCACUCAGAAGUGUUUCUCCUUUCAGCUCGAUAACUACAAAUACCGUUGUGUGAUUGGAUCAGAUAGUCCAAAGCUUCAUGUUAUGUAUGGUAGUUACAUAUCAGUGUGUCACACCGUGUCAAAAUAUCUAAUCUGAGUACUGUAGACUGAGUAUCUCAUGUAGUAUUAUGUACAUGCAAAUGAGUAUAUUGCUGCGUACAUUACUGUGCAUCCAUACACAGUUACUACUAGUCAUAUGACUAAGUGCUACAGUAGGUGACUUCAUGAGAUGCGAGUCCGUGUGGAGAAGGCGGGAACAAGUCUGAAUGCUUUUAUAAAUAAAACUUAGGAUAUAUUUUAUAGCUCUUUAUGUUAACCACGUAGAGCUGCGUUUAGAUUUUUUUUUUAUAUAUAUAUCAUAACACACUGAGAAAUUCUUUCAGAUCAAUGACCAAAAGAGAGAGAGGGGGAAAAAAUCGGUGAUGAUUGACCAGGCCAGAUGUAGCCAUAAGGUAGAGAAUGAAUUUAGUUUCAUUUCACUGUGCAAAUGUCAUGCUAGUUUUGUUUUUCUGCAUUUUUACUGUAUUCUUUUCCUUUCGAGUUUGACAUAAUCCCUCUCAGUACUGGCUAGCGGCUCCAGCCUCCCAUCAGGGUGGAAUACAAACUAUCAAUCAGCCCCAGCAACAGCUGCAUCUGACAAGUCCCUGUCCGACACCCUAAUGCCUUCCAACUGUCUGUGAAGACCCCUCCCUGUCUGCUGUUUAUCACAGACCCCUGCCCCACCUCAUCCCAAACCCUUCCAGCCAACAGUGCCCCUCCACUCCAGCACCGCUCC